UCCACGGUUCAUACGGAGUUUUGCAGUAGCCUAACUUGUUUAGGUGCUCUCCUAAAAUGGGAAAGAUUUACCAGAUCAUGGUGGUUGGAAUAAAGGGGGAGAAGAAAACUGUUGAUGUUGCGACAUCAGAGGAAGAUUUCAACAAAAUGACUAUUUUGGGAUUCAAAAAGAAAGUUGCGGAAAAAUUGCCCGGACAAGCAGGGGAUGAUCCAUCGUCCCUGAGGCUGCUGUACACAGAUAAACAACUAGAAGACAAUGACACGUUUUUAGACCACCAAAUUAAGGAUCGCUCCACUCUCUUCAUGGUCUUACGUCUACCCGGAGGUUUCCAAACAUGCUAAGAAUUUGAGUCCCUGCCGGAAUCAAGUCCACGCACCUAAGGAUCUCGUCGACAAGACAACAUUUUAAACACAGACACUUCUACAUUUAUUGACUAGUGAAUCAAUGUGUUGCUAGCUAUUGUAUUAGGAUAUUAUGAGUGUGUGGACUGUGGGCUACACUCUCAGGAAAAAAAAGGUAGGCCUACAGUUGUCA